AUGUCAAUGGAGAGAUGUGGGAAGCCAAAAGGUCGAUCAGGCAAAGAGGAUAACAAUGACAUAUUAGAAAAUGCCGAGGGAAAUGGAGAGACCCACACAAGGAGGUCCCUAGGCGGAGCCAGCGGAUUGUUGGUCAGCACCAGUCAGCUAUUGGGUGGCGCCAACCAGCCGAGGGAGAGAGAGCGAGAGGGAGAGAUGGGAGAACUGGGUGCCUGCUUCAUGGGCGACGCCAGUGCGACACUGGGUGGUGCCAGCUUUGCGGGUGGCUUUGGCGUAGCAUCAGGCGCAGGGAGAGAGGGCAUAGGUGACGCCCGUUGUGGAGUGGGCGGUGCCUUUGGCGUGGGCUCCGGAGUGGAUGGUAGCGCUGGGUCCCUUGUUGACGGUGCCAAGGGCUUGGGCAGUGGAGCAGAGGAGCAAGGAGUGGACGCUGAAGCAGAGGGCAAGUGGGCGAUGCCUGCGCAGCUGCCAUAG